CGCCAUCCUAUCCCAGCUCAGCGAGGCUCACCAAGCCAUCUUUCCUGCCGUCCUUACCACCAUGCGUGGCGUAGACAGGAAUGUCGUGCGCCUUCUGAGGGACAGGACCGAAGGGAACACUAUGGAGAAGGUGUGGCGGCAGGUACAGGAGAACCAUGUUGAGGAGUACCUCCAUCGCAAGGACCCUCCUAAUGAGCAUAGCUGCACCCGGAGGGAUCGUCUCUGCAAUGAGGCAGACAUUCCAGGCUCCACCUGCCCAAAAACAGCUCCCCACAGCGCAGCUCUUGCGCCAUGCCUUCCUGCUGGCAGAGGCGAACAAUGUGCAGGAUUACCGGAGCCAGAUCCUCUCCACUUUUGGCACGGUGGUGAAGAUGGAUUCCACCAAGAAAGUGGUGAAGCUGUCUGGGCAGGGACGUGGCUCGGCCGAGUGGUUUACCAGCAUCGGCAACGAGUACUCCCAGAUUGUCACUUUUGUGCUGACUUGUGAGGAGUCUGCACAGAAGCUGCUACCCAUGUGCCGUGGAGUCAUGGAUAGGUUCCGGCUGGCCAAUCAACCGGUCCCUAAGAUCCUGUACAUUGACCGUGGGUGUUGUCGUGCUAAGGGCCCUACCGCCUUGGAGACAAUGUUCCAGGAGUGGUUCGACGGUGGUAUGGUUGUGUGCCUGGACAUCUUUCACUGGAUCCACCGGUUUGACGCAGCCAUCCGAACAGACGCGCACAGCAAGUACGCCAUGUUCAAGUCCGCUCUGGCCGGGGCAGUGUUGGCCUACAACCGCACCGAUCUGGAGCUGCUGAUCGAGGCCGUCAGAGCCAAGGACCCGGACACAUUCAGGUCCGUGUCGGAACAGGAUGUCGUCCGCCUGUACGUCACCAGGGAUCAGCUGCAACACCACGUGCGGAUGGUCACGCUCGGAGCGCAGCAAACGUUCCGGCUCAUCCACCUGGCCAUCGAGGAGCUGAAGGGCCCGGCUGGGCUGGACCAGAGUGGAGUGAGCCUCUUUAAAACACCUGCAGCCAUUGAUGAGAUGUGGGUAGCGCAGCAGAGACACCUGGAGUGCAUCCAGGAUCCACCAGGGAUGAUUAUGUAUAGGGUGGCCCGUACCACAACUAUCCACGGUCCCCAUUGUGCAGCACGGCCGUAUCAGGUUUACCUGAUCAGUGGCAUCGCACGGUGGAACUGCGACAGGAGCUCUGAUGCCGUGUUUGGUGGCAAGGGACGGCAUCACAGGACCUACUCGGCGCCUCUCAUCCACCGCCUCAACACCCGCUGUCAGCAGCUGUUCGGAGAGACUGUGGAGGAGAAUUUCCGGGCCCCCGCUGAGGUGGAUUCCAACGAGCUGCUGGGGUUGGAGUACCUUUUCAGCCAGAGCACUGGUGAAUCUGGGCCCUUUUCACUGGAGGACAUCAUCUACGAUGUCCAGAUGAGGAGGUAGUUCAGCCCGGGCAGCCCACUCCAGAUCCCGAGGCAGACGAGGCGUACCAGAGCGACGGGGAGUCACAUUGUGAGGGAGACCAUGUGCUGGAUGCCAUCCUGCCCCACAUCACACUCGUCACAGACGAAACCUCCAGUGUCAACCCGCCCGCUUUUGAGAAUGCCUGCAGUCAAAACCCUCUUCCCGGCUACCCACAGUUGGAGAGGUUCUGCUCACUGCUGGUGGACAUUGGGCUCGUAGGUGACAAGCUGUCCCUUUUCACCGAGCAGAGGAACGCGAUCCUGGCUGCCUGGACCAAAGUGGAGGACCACGACAAACGGCAGCAGCAGUUCAACGAGUUGUACAGGACGCACUGGGGCAACACCCUGUACUGCCGCACUAAGCGCCACAACCUCAUUGAUGCUGCUGUCAUACAGCGUGUUAAAAUGGGCAUACGCUAU